CACGUGCUUCAGCAAUCUUUAUUACUCAUCAGUAGCUUAUCAGCACAACCUGUACUUAAUUAAUUUAACGGUGAAAUAAAACUGCAAAUACAGCGGAAAACUACGCACCUGUUUACAUAUUAAAGUUAUAUUUAUCUAACCAAUUUUAAGUGUUCUGCUGUUUUAUACUUAAAAGUCAGACUGUAAGCGCAAUAACAACUGUGGAUCAUGUGAUCAUGGUUCCUUUAAGUUACUUUGCAUUAAGUAAUAGCCUACUAGCACCGAAGCUGUGCUACUCGCUAAUUAACUAGUUCAUUAGCUAGGGGGGAAACUAUAAAAUGCUAAACGAAUAGCAAUUUAGCAGAAACCUAGGUGGGUUCUUAUGAGACGAGACGACACAAGACAAGGAGGCAUCUGGAAUAUUUAUUUUCGUUAAACGCCUUAUCAAGUUAGCUGUAGUCAAAUAUUCGCGUUAUUAUAUGCAGCAGGAGUUUGUUAAGAUAUCGUUACUAAACUUUCGCGAACCUUAGUGCUUAAAUAAUUGCCCUUUUACCGCAGCUAACUAGCGUUUGCGAGCUUCAGCUAGUUGGCUGGCUAACAAACAAACAAACCAGCCAGCCACUAUGACUGAAAAAUCCUGUUAACGUAGCUAGCUUAAAAACUUACAAGGGGCUGAACCUUCUUGUUUUUUAAGUGAGCUAUGACUCCAAUAGGAAACUUAUUUCGGGUAAGUUUAUACACUUAGGCGACUGUCGAGUGGCGGACCGGCACAGAGCCAGACUGCACAAGCUUUUACGUUAGUGUUAUUACACUGUAGCUGACUAGCCGCGGCUAACGCUCACUCACACUCCGUCAUCCUGAGUCAGCUGACUUCCUCGGGUGAGCACCAACACCAGAGCACAGCCAGCAGCCAUGGAUCAACUCAAAGUCAAAGACAGGAUUCUUGAAAACAUAUCCAUGUCUGUGAAGAAGUUGCAGAGUUACUUUGCAGCUUGUGAAGAUGAGACACCGGCCAUCAGGAACCAUGACCGUGUUCUCCAGCGGUUAUGUGAGCACCUAGACCACGCUUUAUUAUAUGGGCUGCAGGAUAUAUCGUCAGGUUACUGGGUACUUGUCUUACACUUUACACGACGAGAAGCCGUUCGACAGAUUGAUGAACUUCAGCACAUAGCCACCAACCUUGGCAGAAGUCGUGCAUGGCUGUACCUGGCACUCAGUGAAAGUUCUUUAGAAAGCUAUCUUCGUCUUUUCCAGGAGAAUCAAACACUUUUGCAUAAAUAUUACUUCAAGAAUGCCCUGGUUUGUAGCCAUGACCAUCUCACUUUGUUCCUUACGCUUGUUUCGGGGCUGGAGUUCAUCCGCUUUGACCUUGAACUGGAUGUUCCAUACCUAGAUGUGGCACCUUACAUGCCAGACUACUACAAACCACAGAAUCUCUUGGAUUUUGAGGAGAGAUUGCCCAGUUCUGAUAGCCUGUCUCUGCACUCAUUCAACUCCACUAAUCUUGAGUGGGAUGACAGUGCCAUUGCUCCCUCAAGUGAAGAUUAUGAUUUUGGUGACAUCUUCCCUAUGUUGCAGUCAAUGCCAAAUGCAGACUGGGAAGAAGGAGAUCUAACUGACCCUGUCAGUGGUCCUCGCUCUACAGCCUCAGACCCCCAAACAGUAAUCAGUGACUCGGUGGUCAAAACAGCAGCAACUCCAGCCAGGAGCAUGUCUCUAUCACGCAGCCCCACAUUUCGCUACAACCCCUUUAUCGAAGACUCUGACACUAACACCUCGGCAGAUGUUACACCAGUACACGUAGCCAGUCACCGUGAUGUUCCUGCUGGUGAUGACACCGAGAGCACCAGCACAGAGCUGGAGGUCAUUAGGAUGGUCAGAAGGAGGAAACCAGGUAAGAAACGCCGUGGGAGGGGCUCAACUGACUCUGUGAGCAGUGGCCAGAGCAUGCCCUCCCCAGAACAAGUAGAAACUGAGGAAUCCCUUCAGAAUAAGUCCUUGGAUGCACUGGAUGGCUCAGCACGAGCAGCCGCAGAGAAUUGCGAGGACCAGGAACCCGAGGCCUUGCUGAGGCUCCCUGAAAUGACCGACACCUCCAUGGACAGUGUAGGCCAGCCACUCCGAGACGUAAUGGACAGGUUAAAUGGGGUUCUGGAUGGAAAGAACUGGGAAGGACAUGAAGAGGAGGCAGAGGAUUGUGUGUCUGGCAUUUAUUCAGCCACAUCUCCACUUCAGCAUCAGCCCUUUCGGGAGGACGCAGGUGGGGAGCCUCCCGAUCCAGACUCGCAGUCAUGCCUUGUGGCCUCAGCAGCUUCUGCACAGUUCUACUGCUUUACCCCCUACAGUACAGAUGCUGUUGCCGAGAGUGGUAGCCACCAUGACUCUGCAGGGAAUGGCCAGUCGCAGACUGUUUACAGUGGCCAUGAAGAUGAGAGAGAAGGAGAGACAACAGAACAAGAUGCGUCCUCCAAAAUAAUAACGAAACACAGGGGAGAUGUUGAGAUGGAGCAGCCAAACGGUCCUGCUCAUAAUAAAUCUGAAGAAAAUGGAGCAGGAUCUGGUCAAGGAGAGAGUUCCCAUCCUGCAGAAUUUAGGGUAGAUAAUAAUCACCUACUACUACUUAUGAUCCAUGUCUUCCGGGAGAAUGAAGAGCAACUCUUAAAGAUGAUGAGAAUGAGUACCGGCCACAUGGAGGGAGACCUGCAGCCUCUUUUUCUGCUGCUGACAGACUGCUAUAUAUACUUACUGCGGAAAGGAGCUGCAGACAAGCCAUAUAAUGUUGAAGAAGCUGUGUCCUACAGUGAACUAGACUACAUAUCUGUGGGUUUGGACCAGCAGACAGUCACUUUGGUGUGCACCAACAGAAGAAGGCAGUUUCUUCUGGAUACUGCAGAUUGUUCACUCACUAUCUGGUUCCUCAGUAUUCUGAAGUCUGCAAUGAUGAAUAGCUGUACUGCACUGCCUUACCCUGCUGUCCUGACUGAUGCAACUAUGGAGAAGCUGGCUCUGACUAAGUUUGUGUGCCAGGAGUCGCACUGUGAGGUGUCAGAGGUCAGUAUUCGUCUCUAUUCCCUCGUUCACUGGGAAGACCCCAUGGACAUGGGUUUGGGCACUCCCACCUCUCCAUCAGGCUCAGGGAAGUCCGGCAGCACCAAGGAGGGAGCACUUCUAUAUCGAGCAGGGACUUCAUACCUGGGGAAGGAGCUGUGGAAGAGUUGUUAUCUUGUGCUCAGUGGUGGCAACCUCUUCCUGUAUGCUGAAAAGACUGAUGUCACACCGCUGAUGUCAAUUACCAUGGGGGGUGAGCACUGUGGAGGCUGCAGACGUUCAAACAGCGUGGAGAGGCCACAUGCAUUCCAGGUGAUUCUGACAGCACGCUCUCCUCUAGAGCUGAGUGCUGAAAAUGAGCUGGACAUGGCAGAAUGGAUGCAGCUCAUCUGUCAGGCUGUGUCUAAAGGAGUGAUUCCACAGGGAGCCGUGCCAACGCCAUGUAUCCCAUGCUGCCUUGUUCUGACCGACAAGAAGUUGUUGACAUGUCAUCAGGAUUGCCAGACCAGUUUUUUCCGUUCGCUUUGUGCAGCUGAUAUCAAUGACGUCGCGGCUGUCUGCCUUGAGGAGGAUAAAGAAUAUUGUGUUAUUGAAUUUGCAGCUGACCGGUCUCAGUUCCUCCCUCCAUGGGUCCUCUAUUUUAGUGGUUGUGGGGAGAGGAAUCGGCUCUUGGAGGAACUCGAUUCUGUGUGGACAUCUAUUUUUCAGGUCUCUCUGGCUCGUAAGGCUGUAUUGGACGAGCUGGUGCAGAAGAGGUGCAGGGAGGCGCUGGAGCUGAUGAGGAGUGCCUGGCAGAGGAGUGACAGUAUACACAGAGGGAGGUGCCAUAGAGAGCCAUGGUGCUGAGAGCCUGUCAUUCAGGCCAGAAUAGACUGGGGGCAAGCACUUGACUCCUCUUCCUGCUAUUAAUGUAUGUAUGAACAGCAGGCUGUAUAAGGACAAACACACAAAUUGCACAAAUAUUUGAGUUCUAGUGUACUAAGCCUUUUGACCUAGACAAUUGGGGGGGCAAGAAUGAGCUGUAAACACUGUGCUUGAGGUGAUUGGCUACAAAUGGGAGUCAUUAAUGAAAAUCUAAACGCUUCUUCACAAAUGUACAGUUUGUGUAAAGUGUAAAUACAAAAUGCUUAGUUAAGGUUACUUUCCUCCUUAUAACACUCUUUAUUAAAUACCUCACUAAAACCCAUAUGUAUGCAAAGGUACUUGUUGAUGGAAUUCAAUGGUUUACUGUCUUGACUGUUACUGAAACAUGACAUGGUUAUUUUUUGGCUGCUAAAGGUUGGUUACUGUUGCUGGAUGUAUUGUUGAACCCACCUCCAUAUUCAGCAGUGCACAAAGAAUGAAAUGAGGGAGCAGGUUAUGAACGAAAGAAUGCAAGAUUGCACAUAAUAAUAAAUGUGUUUUUCCUCA